CAAAAAUCAUUUACAUUUUGGUAAAUCUUUUACACUCUUGUAUAUUUAUACCGAGAUUUUACACUAUUUUAUAUUUAUACUGGUUCAUUCGAGGGUAAUUUGAAGGGUAAAGUGGAACCUGGGCGAAAUUCACUGAAGCAGAUGAUAUUAUUUCCAUAAAUCUCUCACACGGGGAAAUAUUUGAGCAUAGAAGCCAUGGAUGUAAAGGAAAAUUUCACUACAUUGGAAGCUUGUGCUGGAAAAAACACCACCAGAACCGGAGGAGACUCGUUUGUUUUAUUAAGAAGGAACGAGAAAUCCCCCAAGGCAAAUGUACACCAAAACGAAGCUGUAGAUGCCUACAGAAACCAUCUGUCAUCUUCACGUUGGGGUCAUUAUCAUUCUGAAUCCCGACAUCUGACACUAGAAAUCGAAGAACCGUCAUGCAGCGGACAAAAUGGUGACAAGCAUCCCUACAACAACAAUUGGCUUUCUCUCAUCUGCGACGAACUAGAAAUGAGCCAUCCUUUCGUCCGAAAAUGCAUCAUCUUAUGCGUUCAAUUUUCACUUAUCUUUGCUUUGACGUUGUGCUCCAUGUUCUACACACCAAUGAAAGUUUUCCUCAGACAACACAUUACAACUGUGAUGAUUAUGUUUCAUUUGUUCGCGUUCACUUUUCUUUCUUUGAUUUCCUUCAAGCCAUUGCAAAGGAAGUUUCCGCUAAACUACGUUUUUCUCCUAAUGCUUACCAUCAGCAUGUCCUACGUCAUCGGAUAUUUGUCAGCCCUAUUCCAUUUUAAAGUGUUUCGCGUUGUCUUUCCAACUAACAUGCUAAUUUGCUUUUUGAUAUCAAUUUUAUCAUGCCAAAGAAGCUUUAACAUAUCCAAGUGGCUCUUCAUCAUAGCUCCAGUAGCAGUUUUCAUGCUCGCAUUCGGUUUUAUAUCGCUCGUUUAUACCAUCUUGGGUUGCAAAAGAUUAUGGAUUGUCUGCUGCGGCUUAUUGUUUCCACAUUUCAGCGUUUUCUUACUAUACGAUUUCGUAUUGUACACUGCUUUUAAUCGCUUUUUCAUUCUACCAUACGAUGACAUGCAUUUCGGACGGGAGGCCUAUGGAAUUAUCACCGGCAGAAUGUAGGCUCAUGUAGAUAAUUAAGAUCUUGAUAUCUACCAUCAAAUUAUAAUUUUUGGAAUUAUUUUGCUAAAUUAAUAAAUGUAUCG